AUGAUAGAUAGCCCAGGCUUCUCCUUGAUCCGUCGGCGCUCUUUACUCACGCGCCCCGGAAUCGCCACGAGACGAUCAGUAAGAGGUGUGGCUCAACAAUGUCCAUCACCAAUCGGACAAGAGCUAGCGUCUUCGCCCAGCUGUACAGACGAGCCGCCUCAGCUAUUCCAGUGGCCACUAAUAGAUUGCGAAGAUCCUGUUUUGCAACAUACUAAUCCGCUUGCUGAGGUUCGCCCGCCAACGCCUGGUGACUUCGGAUACACCCAUUUAGGAGCUCUUAAGCUGGGGUCUUUGCGGGUAGUGAACGGCUCAGCUUCCCCCUGCUCCAGCGACCGAAGCCGACUCAGGCCAAGCAGCCCAACUGAGGAGACUAGCACCGUACAUACAACAGAGCUACGUUGUAGCAGAGAUUAUUUGACUCAAAAUGAUCCAGCCAGUAUGGCUACAUCAAGUUCUUCGGACAUGGGUGACCGUCAAAGCAGACCUGAAGGAAUCUGGGGCCCUGUGGCCGCCCCAGUGUCGGAGUACACCAGUGACGAUGGCCCUAACAGCGAGCAUGUGCCGAGUCUCUUCAGAAGUAAGCCGUCUACGUCUACCGUACAGAUACCACAAUUCCCCGACGCCACGAGAUACGAUGACUUUCCGGCCAGUCCAUUUUCUUUUGAGAAAUCUCCGAUUAUCGCAACAUCCCAUAAGUCCUAUGCUAAGGAAGUGGAAGACGAAGCUAUAUAUGUAUCUGAUGAUGAAAACCCCUUGAACUUCAUGAGAGACACUUCUCAAGAAGUUUCCCGCCCGAGAAGGAUAUCGCAUUCGUACAGAAAAGUAGAUAGCGGCUACAGCUCUGCUGCAUCAGUCCGCUCUCUACAAGACAACCGCACUAGGGCUUCUCUUGAUUCCCAGGAAUCAACACAACGGCCUUCGGGCUAUCGCAGGUUUACGCUCGGGGGCAGCAAAGGCACUGAGUUGUGCAAUGUAGAGAAUCACUUGGAGCUGAGCCAGCAGCUUCCUAUAAACCACCAUCUAAAUCUCCAAGGUCCUAGAAUGAGUCCUAGUGGGGUAACCCGUGGUUGGUCAACAGACAGGGCAACAAUGUGCCAUGAGGCGCCACAGAUAUCAGCCAGUGGACGCCUGAGAAGCUUCUCCCUUACUUCGCCACAACACCCUGGUCACACAAUAUCCCUUUCUCGGUACUGCACACAGCUACGCCGCUCGGAAGAUUCCUCUAGUGGGACCUCGCUUCCUCCGAAGCAUAUACCAGAUACAGCCGCGAUCCAAGCGGCUGAUGAUACUAUAUCAGACGUACAGAUCUAUGAAAGUUUCGCAAAUCAUUAUUCAAGACUCAGCUAUGACCGUGACACAGGGCUGGAGAAUUCAAAUCAAAGGAAAAUUGACGCUGGUAUUAACAGCGACCAGUCUUACAUUUUCAACUCAUGUCGGCCAAAGUUGGAGAAAAGCAUUGUCAAGAAAACUUUGAGUGUAGCGUAUGGGCAAAACCCACAAGCUAUAGCGGCCAAUGCAAAUGUUCGGCACCUAGAAUCAGAGAUUGAGGCACUUGUGGCACCCACAUCACAGUACCCAGGAAGGGCUGUGGAUGUAGGGUACAUGUAUACGGAAUCCCUGAGAGGUAGAGCAAGAAGUCGAACUCUGGAUAUUGAACGACGCAUGUCGGCAAAACAGCAAAACCAACAAAAUAUGUUAAAAGUAGGUCAAAUCUUCAUUAAACAGUCAUAA